AUGCGACUUAUAUCUGGAGAUAAUAGCCGUGCGAUGCUUGAACGAGCUGCCUUUACAAAGUGGAUCUUAGACAUUGGUGAUGGUACGAUAAAUGACGAUGGUAGUGGUGAAGCUGUGAUUGAAAUUCCUGAUGAUCUGUUGAUUAAAGACUGUAAAGAUCCUAUAAAAACGAUCGUCAAAGAAGUUUAUGGGAGUUCAUUUUCGAAAAAGACUGAUCCUAAAUUUUUCCAAGACCGUGCCAUACUGAGUCAAAGAAACGAUGAUGUAGAUACGAUAAAUGAUUAUAUGCUUUCAAAGUUAUCGGGUGUUGAAAGGACCUAUCUUAGCUGUGAUAGCAUUGAUACAACUGAAGAAGUUGUCAAUUACAAUGAUGCAUCUGAAGUACCCUCAGAGAGUGUAGCCAGUAAGAAUAAAGGUGAUUCCAACAACAUGAUUUAUACCGAGGAGUUUUUAAAUAGUAUCAAGAUGUCUGGUUUCCCUAAUCAUGUCCUGAAGUUGAAAGAGGGUACUCCUGUAAUGCUUCUAAGAAAUAUCGACCCUAAGAAUGGGUUGUGUAAUGGCACAAGACUCAUCAUUAUUAAGAUGGCUAAUUAUGUUCUCCAGGCUCAGAUAAUAACAGGUAGCAAGGUUGGUGAAAAGGUACUGAUUCCUAGGAUAUUCCUCUCUCCUUCGGAGAUGAAACUUCCUUUCAGGAUGAGACGCAAGCAGUUUCCUAUCACAUUAGCUUUUGCAAUGACUAUAAACAAAAGCCAAGGACAGACACUCGAAAAGGUUGGUUUGUAUCUUCCAAGACCGGUUUUUACUCAUGGGCAACUCUAUGUCGCUGUAUCGAGGGUUACAUCAAGAGAAGGUCUGAAGAUAUUGAUCACCGAUAAAGACAACAAACCACAAAACAAAACAUUGAAUGUCGUCUACAAGGAGGUUUUUGACAAGAUAUGA